UUGUGUCAAUAAAAGCAAGUGUGUAAAAAGGUCAUUUCACCAAAUUCUACCUGAGACGUGGAGCGACAGUCUGACUGCUAAUUCAGCUGCUUCUGCAGAGCAUAAAACGUUCUCAGCCGUCUUCUUCCACUCACCACCUCGUCACAAUGCCUCAUCGUCACUGUACUGUGGAGAUCAACAAUAACUCAUGCUGCUACACUCUGGCCAACCCAAGGAUCUUCACUGAGCACGGUCACUGCGAGGUCCCUCUGUCACCAAUGGUGGCUCCCUGCUCAAACGCCAGUGGACUGUUCAACAAGACCACUGCCGCUGCCACUGGUGCCGUCGGUGUGUUCACCUACGACAUCUUCAACCCCGACCUGAACGACUACAGCCACAUUGUGGCCACCAUGUACUCCGUGCCCUUUGACCGUACCAUUUACUCCAACUGGUUUGCAGUGGGCAUCUUCGACAGAGGCAACGACUGUGACUACAAUCUGUACAACAUCAUGUAUAACGGGAGUGAAAACAAUUUUGUGAGAGCCAAAGCUGAUGGCUCCUGUAUUUCUUAUGAAGGUGAUUAUGUCAUUGUCAGUGCUUCCAUGUCAGACUCGAGUGAAGCAGUAAUGAAGGUGGAUAUUUGUGAUACUGGUAUGUACUGA